AUGGAAUUGUUCUAUUAUGGCACCUGCGAGCAAAUUACUUCAGACGUCUUGGCUGUGGGAAUCGUGGACAAUGAUGACAGCAGCGCCGUGCAAAGCGAAGUCAGUCGAGCGCUGCGCCGAAUGCCCAAUGAGCACUUCGGCAUCUGGGGCGAGAUGGCCAUCGGUGCAGUGCCUGGCUGUACUGAGCCCUUCCUGACACCUUCGUAUAAGGGCUCCCAUUCUGGCCGCAAAUUCGCCGCCGCCAUCCUAGCCUCCGAGGCCAUCAAGCUGCUUCGGAAGCAAGAAAAGCAACAGCAGCAGGAGCAGGCAGCGCUCCUUCCUCCCAGCUCAGGCCCGGCUCCGCCCGAGACGCCCGGUCGUGCCGAAGGCCACGUCAGCGGCAGUGAGUUCGCGGAGUCUCUUGAUCGCUCGCUUCGCGAGCGUCAGAUGGCGGCUCUUGAGAGCCUAGCUCGUGGUGUUAUGCGUGGUCAGGGAUUUGAGGCAUCGCGGCUAAUUCAUCGCGGGUUCUCGGUGCAGGUGUCUCCUGUUUCUGCCAGAAUCCUUCUCGGCUAA